GAAGACCACCAAACAACGCGCUGCGACAACUUGUUGAUUUGAACAACAUAUAAUAUAUAUUUGAUUUCGAUGAAACUAAGUAGUAAAAAUGAGGGCAGUUUCGACUUGGAAGGAAUCAGUUCAUGACCGUGUUUAUGACCUUGCCUUUAAGCCAGAUGGCAGUCAGAUUAUAAUAGCUUCAGGGAGUCGUGUGCUGGUCUAUGAUUCCGAUGGAGCUAUUAUCCAGCCUUUAAGAGGACACAAAGACACAGUGUACUGUGUGGCUUAUGCCAAAGAUGGGAAAAGGUUUGCAUCGGGUUCUGCUGACAAAAGUGUCAUUAUUUGGACCUCCAAACUAGAGGGUAUUUUAAAAUAUACUCACAAUGACUCUAUCCAGUGUGUUGCCUACAACCCAGUCACUCACCAGCUUGCCUCCUGUUCAUCUGGUGAUUUCGGCCUUUGGUCUCCUGAACAAAAAUCUGUAAACAAACACAAAGUCAGCAGCAAAAUAACAUGUUGUGGGUGGACAAAUGAUGGGCAGUACCUCGCACUCGGCAUGAUGAACGGGGUGGUGAGCAUACGGAACAAGAACGGAGAGGAGAAGGUCAAAAUAGAGCGACCCGGAGGCUCCGCCUCUCCUAUAUGGUCCAUAGCUUGGAACCCCUCAAAGGAUGAACACAAUGACAUUCUGGCUGUGGCAGACUGGGGUCAAAAGCUCUCCUUCUACCAGCUUAGUGGAAAGCAGAUUGGAAAAGAUAGAACUCUAAACUAUGACCCGUGUUGCAUCAGCUACUUCUCCAAGGGCGAGUAUAUAGUGAUGGGAGGGUCUGACAGACAGGCGUCCCUCUAUACUAAAGAUGGCGUGCGAUUAGGAACCAUCGGAGAGCAACAUUCCUGGGUGUGGACAUGCCGAGUUAAACCAGACUCCAACUUUGUGGUGUUGGGCUGCCAUGAUGGGACCAUCACCUGCUACCAACUAAACUUCAGCACAGUUCAUGGCCUCUACAAGGAUCGAUACGCUUACAGAGACAGCAUGACUGAUGUCAUUGUCCAGCAUCUCAUCACCGAGCAAAAAGUGAGGAUAAAGUGCCGUGAACUGGUGAAGAAGAUUGCUAUCUACAGAAAUCGGCUUGCCGUCCAGCUCCCUGAGAAGAUCUCGAUUUAUGACCUAGUCUGCUCCGAUGACUCCUCCGACAUGCACUACCGCGUCAAAGACAAAAUCAGCAAGAAGUUUGAAUGCAACCUGCUGGUGGUCUGCUCCCAACAUAUCAUUUUGUGUCAGGAGAAGAGGCUCCAGUGCCUGUCCUUCACUGGUGUCAAAGAAAAAGAGUGGGUGAUGGAGUCUCUAAUUCGUUACAUCAAAGUGAUUGGGGGUCCACCAGGCAGAGAGGGCCUGCUCGUAGGCUUGAAGAACGGAGCUAUCCUGAAGAUAUUUGUUGACAACCCCUUUCCCAUAACGUUGCUGAAGUUGUCGACAUCCGUGCGCUGCCUGGACAUGAGCGCCUCCCGCAAUAAUCUGGCUGUGGUGGAUGAACACAACACUCUCCUGGUCUAUGACAUUAACAGCAAAGAUCUGCUCUUUCAGGAGCCGAACGCUAACAGUGUGGCCUGGAACACCCAGUGUGAGGACAUGCUGUGCUUCUCUGGGAAUGGAUAUCUCAACAUCAAGGCUAGCAACUUUCCUGUACACCAACAGAAAAUGCAAGGCUUUAUGGUCGGUUACAACGGCUCCAAGAUAUUCUGUCUUCAUGUCUAUUCCAUGUCUGCUGUCGAGGUGCCUCAGUCAGCACCCAUGUACCAGUACCUGGAAAGAAAGACGUUUAAGGAGGCCUACCAGAUCGCCUGUUUAGGGGUGACAGACAGCGAUUGGAGAGAUUUGGCCACAGAGGCUCUGGAGGGUCUUGAUUUUGAAACUGCCAAGAAGGCUUUUAUUAGAAUCAGAGAUCUGCGCUACCUGGAGCUGAUCAGCAGCAUUGAGGAGAGGAAGAAGUGUGGUGAGAACGACAAUGAGCUGUUCCUGGCAGACGUCUAUGCCUUCCAGGGGAAAUUCCACCAGGCAGCCAAACUCUACAAACGCACUGGCCACGAAGCCAAAGCCCUGAGCAUGUACACCGACCUGCGGAUGUUUGAGUACGCCAAGGAGUUUGUUGGGGCUACAGACCCAAAGAGCUCUCGCGUGCUGAUGACAAAACAGGCAGACUGGGCUAAAAGCAGCAAGGAACCGCGGGCAGCAGCUGAGAUGUACCUGUCAGCAGGAGAACACAUAAAAGCUAUAGACAUCGUUGGAGAGCACGGCUGGGCAGACAUGCUGAUCGACAUCGCCCGUAAGCUGGACAAGGCUGAGCGUGAACCGCUGGCAAAGUGUGCACUCCAAUUCAAGAGGCUGAAACACCAUGGCUACGCCUCAGAGACUUAUUCCAAGAUGGGAGACCUGAAGGCUUUGGUGGAGCUGCAUGUGGAAACCAGACACUGGGAAGAGGCCUUCUCGCUGGUGGAGAAGCACCCCCAGUUCAAAUACGAUGUUUUCGUGCCGUACGCUCAGUGGCUGGCUGAAAACGAUCGCUUUGAGGAGGCGCAAAAAGCGUUUCACAAGGCUGGACGUCAGAACGAAGCUGUGAAAGUCCUGGAGCAGCUUACACACAAUGCAGUGGUGGAGAACAGGUUCAAUGAUGCCGGCUACUAUUACUGGAUGCUGUCGAUGCAGUGUUUGGACAUCGCCAGAGAAAGUGAAGAUCAAAGGGAUGAAAUGCUGAAGAAGUUUGAGCAUUUCCAACGUCUUGCGGAGCUUUACUACGUCUAUCGCUCCAUUCAGCGCUACACGGAUGAGCCUUUCAGCUCCUACAUGCCAGAGACGCUCUUCAACAUAUGCAGAUUUUUACUGAACAACCUUACCAAGGACAUACCACCAGGCAUUUCUAAAGUUAACACCUUGUACGCGCUGGCCAAGCAGAGUCGAAAACUGGGCGCUUAUAAGCUCGCCAGGCAUUCCUAUGAGAAGCUGCGGGAGCUGCACGUUCCCUCACCCCUCCUGAAGUCCAUGGAACUGGGCAGCCUCACCAUUCACUCCAAGCCCUUCCAUGACAACGAGGACCUUAUUGAGGGCAUGAUGUGCUAUCGAUGCUCCACCAACAACCCCCUUCUAAACAACCGAGGGAGCGUGUGCAUCAACUGCAGGCAGCCCUUCAUUUACUCAGCCUCAUCAUAUGAGGUGCUGCCCCUGGUGCAGUUUUACCUGGAGGAGGGUAUCAACGAUGAAGAAGCUCUGUCACUCAUUGACCUGGAGGUUCCUCACUCCGUUCAGAGGAACGCACUGGAGCACGUUGUUGAAAGCGGAGAAACGCAGGCUUUGAAGAUAGAAGAUAGUUUUGAUAGUGCGGAUGGGGAUCCAUUUACAGCCAACAUGAGCUUUGAGCAAGGGGGCUCCACCUUUGUCCCAGUCAAGGUGAGUCGCUCGGCUCUGCGCUCCAUGAGCAGACGGGACGUCCUGAUCAAACGCUGGCCCAGGCCGCUCAAAUGGGAAUACUUCCGCUCGCUGCUGCCGGAUGUCAGCAUCACCAUGUGCCCCAGCUGCUUCAAGAUGUUUCAUAGUGAGGACUAUGAGCUCCUGGUGCUUCAGCACAACUGCUGUCCUUACUGCCGCAGACCCAUCGACGAACCAAACUGAGCCACUUUACACUGGAGAACGCUUUGUUUUCAUACCCUGAAGCUAAUAUUUUGUCUUUUUACUCAGCAGCUAUUUUUGGUACUCUGUUACUGUAUUUAUACCUUAGUUAUAAUUGUUCUAUGCUGUGGGAACAUUACAGCAUUAAACUGUUUUUUAGGUUCUCAUGAGCAGCUGUUUGUUAUCCAAGGAUGGAAAGCUGAAGUAAUACCUGUAGUGUUUGGAUCAAUCCGAUUGGAUUAAAGGGGAACGUGUUGCCUUGGGCUGUGAAUACUUUAUAAAUUUGUGUAUUGCUUUAAAAAUAAAAGAACGCUUUAGAAAAAGACAACUAUUUUGAUGUAACAAAUUAUAUUAAAUGAUUGCAAUAAGAA